CUAAUGCAAGAUGGCGGGAUUACGAGAAAUCGAAAAACAAUUCUUUCCCCUUCAAAAAAUACAAGAUGUCAUUGACUUAUUUAAACAUGAACUGAAAGAUAAUGAACCUAACUUAACAUUAAUGUCAAUUGUGCUUGGAGUAAUUGAAAAUAUUUUGACUGUCAACCGAGCGGUAUCUAGUGAUGCUGACAAAUCCAACACGCUGGAGCCCAUUUUCCCUGUUAUUGAAUUAUCGACCAUUGAAGCACUGUACACUAAAUUUGUGACGCAUAUUAAAAGAUCAGUUGACAAAACAAAAUUUCCUGACAAAUUUGCUACCAGAGAACUUGUGAAAAUUGUCUCGGAUGUGGUUUGGUGUUGUUUAUCAAAGAGUUUCAAAGACAGAGCUCAUCUCCAAUCACUUUACAGUUUCUUAACUGGAAACAAGCUUGACUGUUUUGGUGUGGCUUUUGCAGUAGUUGCUGCCUUCCAGAUAUUAGAAUACAAUGACGUACAUUUAUCUUUAUCAGAAGACCAUGCUUGGGUUGUGUUUGGUGAAGAUUUAAAAGAAACUGCUGAAGUCACAUGGCAUGGGAAAGGAAAUGAAGAUAAAAGAGGCCAGCCAAUCACAGCUAGUGUUGUAGAAAAGAGUUGGUUGUAUUUAAAUGGACAGCCAGUUAUAUGUAACAGACACAUGGAAGUGGCAGCCAUUGUUAGUGGAAUUAAUCCAUCCAUAAAUUUGACUGUGGAUAGUGUGGAGAUGGGAUCAUUACAACAGGAACUUUUGUGGCUGUUGUAUGAUUUGGGCCAUUUAUCAAAAUACCCAAUGGCUUUAGGUAAUCUGGGUGACUUAGAAGAGAUCUCACCAACACCUGGGAGGCCGCCUCCUGUGGACAUUUUUGAGGAAUCAAUCCAGUCAUCUAAAGUUCAUUACAAUAAUCAACACGUUUAUCCAUAUACCUAUCUUGGAGGCUACCAUUACAGAAAACAGAAUUAUAAACAAGCAUUAAAAGCAUGGGCAGAAGCAACUAAUGCAGUGAAAAAUUUUAAUUACAAUCGAGAAGAUGAAGAAAUUUACAAAGAAUUUCUAGAAGUGGGCAAUGAUUUAAUACCAACAAUGAUGAAGCAUGUAGCCAGUGAAAAUGCUUCCCGUAUUCACCAAACAUCAAUAUCAUAUGAUCCUGACUGCUACGCCGACUUUCUUAGAUUCUAUGACGGAAUUUGUGAAUGGGAAGAGGACAGUAAAACACCUGUCCUCCACAUAACAUGGGCAAAACAGCUGGUGAAUUCUCUAGCUAAAUUUGAUCCCACAGUUAGAAAAUUGAUUCAUCUGAUAAGUGAGGAUGGCGAAGAGUCAUCCUCUUCAUCUGAAUCGGACGAGGAAUCGGAAGAAGAGAGAGAAAUCAUCCAAGAUGAAAAUAGAAAUCAAAAGAAAAAAGUUAAAGCAAAGAAAGGUAAAACUCAUGACAAAGAAAAAUCAGACAAAAUAAAUGGGCAAGCAGAAGACUCUCAAAUCAAAUCUAUGUCUGAUAUUGAAGCCAUGGUCUCUAAAGUUGAUGAUGAUUUACACACAGAACCUAAUCCCAAUAUAGAGGCAUUAGCUCAAGCAUGCGGUGAUUCAAUACUUAAUCCUGAGUAUCUCCUUGGAAACGGCGAACCUUUUACAGCUGUUAGUACAACAUCUGUUGUCACAGCAUCGUCAGACACAAGGGUUGAUUUACAGGAAUUCUUGAGCACCAAGUCCAAUGGAUCUCCUUUCAUGGGUAUGUCAGUUGACGCCAUGCUUAAGGCAGAAAGUCCAUCAGAUAUGAUGAUGUAUAAAAAAGAACAGCAGUUUACAAACGGAGUUAUUACCCCUGUCUCACCGAAUAGUCCCGUACCUGUCAGUUCUCAUGAAAGUCCCAUUCCUGAGCCUGAACCAGAGCCAAUGGAAGAAAAAGUUAUUUUUGAACCAGUAACUUUAUGUCUGAAAAGUCAUAAAAUGUUGGCAUUGCGUAAAAUUUUCUCCUCGGAAAAGUGUAACUACAGUGCAAUACAACUUCAACUUACGGCACAAUCACAAGUACAUUUCAAAAAUCAUAAAAGGAGCACGGAAGGUGACCUAGCAAUGGCAAGGAAACGUCAACGACGAGAAUAAAUGGUCCAAUUAGUUAUUAUUGUUAAUGUUUAUUUUGUUUUGAGAUUGUAGCUUUAGUUAGUUAGGAACCAUUUCAAAAUUUGACAUUUUGGUUUUAAUUGACAUAAGGGUGUUUUUCGCUAACCAUGUCUACUUUUUCCAAUGAAAAGUGUACAAAUGCAAAGAUUUAAUGUAAACAUCAUGAACAUAUUAAACUGAACAACUGAAAAUUAGAAAUAUUCCUAUUUUAUGAUCAUUAGAAACAACUGUCAAAUUUUGAAAUGAUCCCUGCGAUUAUUUUUUGUUGUAAAUAUUUUUAAUUUAAAUUCCAUGGCCGUCUUUCUUUAUUUUUUACUGCCUGUUUAAGUUGAUGUAUAGAUUGCAUUCCAAGUUAAUUUAUUUAUGACUGAAUCAAAUUUGAUCAAACAAUAUUUUUUUUACACAAAAUAGCUAUUGUAGCCAUUUUUAAUUGCUUUUUUUUUAAGUUAUUUGUUUGUUUUUUUAUAGUUAUAAUACUUGUUUUUCUAAAAAUUUCUAAGAACUUUCCUGUUUAUUAACUUUAUUAACUAGACC